AUGACAUCACCCCGGCCGGCUCCAGCUCGGCAGCAGAGGCAGCGGCUCAGUCAGUCCGGGUCGCAGACGCUGUCACACACGCACGAGGCUCCUUCUCUCCGCAGACCCGCGCGCAAACAGAUCAUCUUCGGCAUCAUGGGGAAAGGCUGCGUGACAGCGAGCAAGUACUUCCUGUUCCUCUUCAACCUCAUCUUCUUUCUGUUGGGACUCGUGAUCUUGGGCUUUGGACUCUGGCUCCUCCUAGACAAUCAGAGCUUCAUCGUCGUACUCAGUAACUCCACCUCUGUGAAGCUGGCCUGCUACACCCUGAUCGGCGUGGGGGGCUUCUCCAUGCUCAUGGGCUUCCUGGGCUGCCUGGGGGCCAUUUACGAGGUCCGCUGCCUGCUGGGGCUGCUGCUGUUCCCCUGCUCCUGCCACAACGCCUCUCUGGCCGCCGGGAACUUCUCUGAGAGCGGCUUCUGCGAGGCGCAGACGCCCGAUUGGCCCGUCUACGACGUGGGAUGCUCGUCCAACGUGGAGAAGUGGCUCACCGCCAACCUGGGGGUGGUGCUGGGCGUCUGCCUGGGGGUGGCGCUGGUGGAGCUGCUGGGCAUGGUUCUGUCCAUCUGCCUGUGCAAGAGCGUCCAAAGAGAGGACUACACCAAGGUGCCCAAGUACUGAGGAGCCCCGCGGAGCCCAGGGCCCUUUUGGCCCCCCCCCACUGCAAAACCAGCUUUGUGUCCCCUUUAGUGUUUUUUUUCUCCUGAGAAUCUUUAUUUUUUAUUGUUUCCUUUACGCACUUUAGAGAUGUCUAGCUCAGGUCCCAGAUGGGCUCUGAGGCCCUUCUGGGAUCCUGGGGACCUGGGAUCCCUGGACCGGCCCCUCUGGGACGUCUGCUCCUCUUUUCUCCAGCUCUGAGUGGUGGUGCCACGUUUUUAGGACUCUGUAAAUAAACCUGAGUGGUGUUUGUGUAGCAGCUCCUGUAACCCGACAGGCGGCCGAGUGUCGGCCCAGUUUAGGCUUCAUCUCCCAGCUCAGCUAACCCCACCGGCCCGGACCGGGUCCAGAACCCCGCACAUCCUCGCAGAACCUGGCAGAACCCAGCAGAACCCGGCCGCCUCAUGGGCUCCGAGGGGCUGGAUUGGAGGGUUGUGGGAGAGGUGCAUCCUGGGAAGGCGGCUUUGGGGCCGCCGGCGUGUUCUCACAUCUGUUCUGUUUCAUUUUCACAAUAAACUGAUUCAAGUCGGCCGCUUGUGUCUGUGUGAUGUGUAGCUCUUUGUGGUUGUUUUGUGUAUUUUUGUGGUUGUUUUGUGUGUCUGUGGCUGUUAGCUCAGCUAACCCAACCGGCUCUAACCGGGUCCAGAACCGAGCAGAACCUGGCCGCCUCAUGGGCUCUGAGGGGCUGGAUGGAGGGUUCUGGGAGAGGUGCAUCCUGGGAAAGCGAGUCUUUUUCAACCCCAUCAGGUCACAGAAAACCA